AAAAUGUGGGUCAUUUUGUAGGGGAAUAUAACGCGUUCUUUCAUCCUAUUCCUCUUCCACUCUCUCCUACUCCCCCGUCGUCGGCCGCCAUUUGGGACUCCAGAAAUUUUCGCCGCCGAUGUUUGCGAAUCUCGAUCCAGAUAAAGAGGUUUCCUAGGAUCGACCUCGAUACGCCAAAAGGAGGUUAUUCCUCUCGGAAUCGCCCCGUUUUUCUUCGUUUGUUUUUUUUUCUCUUUUUUCGAGAAAUCAGCGGUGAUUGUUGUCGGCCUGAUCGGAUUGUUUAGAUUCGUAUAGAUAUUGAGGGGUUCGACUGUGCUUUCUUCUUUCACGCAGCUGUGUUGUUCGGAGGCAUGUCUGAUUGUGGAGUUUUCGUUGCAUCUUAACUGCGAGACAGGCGCUAUAACAGGGUUGGCUGCUGUAUCGGGUCUUCUCAAUGAUUUGUGCUGAUUGAUGGGCUAAAAAUUGGUCUUUGGCUCUGAACUAGGGUUUUUCCGGUGAAAAUUAUCGCGCUGUUUGCCUUCUUAAUUUGACUGUGUUUUCUUUUGUUGUGACCUUCGUGAUUGGUAUGUGGGUUUCACUUGUUUGGAAUUUCGGCUAUGUGGGUGUUAUAUUUUUAGAUUUUCUUUGUGGAGCAUUGAAGCGUGGAAUUCUGUCUGCUAGUCUGUUCUCCACCCGUGGUUUCUAAGUGGCUUUGAUGGAGUUGUAGUACUUGAAGUAGUUGUCACUAAAACUCAGCCAUUCAAAUUGUAUUACGGCUUUCUGAUUUAAUGGAGGCUAGAGUGGGAAGUGAAGGAAACCGCUUUCUCACUGCGGGCACUUCUAAUCUGAGUUUAAUGGGAAAGAAAAACUUGGAAUGGAACUUGAAUGACUGGAGAUGGGAUGGUGAGCUCUUUGCUGCAAACCCCGCUAAUGCAGCUCCUAGUGAUUGCGGGAACAAUCAUCAGCGCCAUGAUCAAGCAAAUGGAUUGAAUAACUCAUCUUCUUCAGAAUAUACUGAUUUUGGGCUACUUGUGAAUGAGAAGGGUGAAACUGAGAAGCGGAAGAGGAUUCGCGUGGUGGAAGAGGGUGAACAUUGUGGUGGUGCUGAAGCACUUAGCUUAAACCUUGGGGACCAUUCUUACCCGAUGUUGGAAACAAUUGAAGCCACCCUAAAAAAAAUGGAAGGGGAAAAGGGAAAGAAGAGCAAGACACAAGGGGAAAAUUCGAAUUACCCAACUUGCCAGGUUGAAGGCUGUGAUGCUGACCUCAGUGAGACAAAGGACUAUCAUAGACGGCACAAAGUCUGUGAGAUGCAUGCAAAGGCCAACUCAGCUGUUGUCCGAAAUGCUAUCCAACGCUUCUGUCAGCAAUGUAGUAGGUUUCAUCUUCUUGAGGAAUUUGAUGAAGGCAAACGAAGUUGCCGACGACGGUUAGCUGGCCACAACAAGCGUAGGAGGAAAAGACAGCCUGAUGCCAUUGCCACUGGGAAUCCAUCUGUUGAUGAUCAAUCUUCUGGCUACUCGUUGAUAAGUCUUCUUAGGAUCCUGUCAAAUUUGCAGUCUGAUAACCAAAAUGUGGAGCUCUUGGCUCAUUUGCUAGGGAGCCUUGCCAAGUUUGCCAAGUCCUUUGAUCCUAGUAACCUCUUACAACUUCUACAGUCAUCUCAGGUUCCACAAAAGUUUGAAACAGGUGCAGGAACAUCCUCAAAAGCGGUUAAUACUUCGGCACUAAAUAUUGUUUCUGUGCAAGAAUCUGUGAAUCAUUUAAGUUCAGUCGCUAAUGUAACUUGCACUGAUGUUGCUGAGAAUCAUCUCAGAGACCCUGAUCAUAUACCACCUGUUGUAACCACAAACUCCAUUCGCUCAAAUGGAAGGGUAGCUUCUGCAGAGCCUGUCUUGGAUAGAGUCAGAAUCAUGGAUUUUGAUUUGAACGACACUUAUAUUGACACACAAGAAUGUGAAGAAGGAAGACAGAAAUCGACAACUCUCCUGCACUCCAGGGUGGUUUCUCCUGAUUGCCCUUCGUGGUUGGUGCGGGAUCAUCAGUCAAGUCCAAUUCAGAAUAGUGGUAAUUCUGAUUCAACAUCCAACCAAUCACAAUCUAGUUCCCAUGGAGAUGCUCAGUUUCGGACUGAUAGGAUAAUUUUUAAGCUCUUUGGCAAAGACCCUAAUGAUCUGCCUCUUGCUUUGCGAGCACAGAUUCUUGACUGGUUAUCCAAUAGUCCAACAGACAUGGAGAGCUACAUUAGACCAGGCUGCCUAAUUCUAACAAUAUAUCUACGCCAAUCUGAAUCUGCAUGGAUGCAGCUCUGCAAUGAUUUAAGCACCAGCAUAAAUAAGCUUUUGCAUAGCUCCUUUGAUAACAUAUGGAGAACGGGUUGGAUUUUUACACUGGUACAGAACUAUGCAGUUUUCAUCUAUAAUGGUCAGGUUGUACUAGACUUACCUCUGCAUAUCAGGCAACCCGACAACCAUGGCAAGAUUUUGUCCGUCACACCUAUUGCAGCUCCUCAAUCUACGACGGUCAAAUUUACUGUGAAGGGCUUUCAUGUUGAUCAACCAGCAUCUAGGUUGUUAUGUUCAUUCGAUGGGAAAUACUUGGUACAGGAAAGAAUACAAGCUCUUGUUAAGGAGAAUGAUAGAGUUGCAGGGAAUGAUCUCUCUCAGUGCCUUAGCUUUUCUUGUUUGCUACCUGAUGUGACAGGGAGAGGAUUCAUUGAGCUUGAAGACUGUGGUGUAAGUGAUGAGUUCUUUCCCUUCAUAGUCGCAGAAAAAGAUGUAUGCUCGGAGAUUUGUAUGCUAGAGAAUGAUAUUAAUGUAGUUUAUUCGGAUGACCAACUUUCUGGAAAAUUAGAUGAAGAGAAAGCUAGAAAUCAAGCUUUGGAAUUUAUUAGCGAACUUGGCUGGCUUCUGCGGAGGAACCAUUGCAUAUCUAUCUAUCGAGACUCAAAAGAUCCUGCAAAUUUCUUUACCUUAGCACGCUUCAGGUGGCUUAUGUCAUUCGCCAUGGAUAGAGAAUGGUCUGCAGUUGUCAAGAAGCUUCUGAAUAUUUUUUUUAAUGGCUCAGUAAAUGCAAAUGGGAAAUCACUUAUGGAGCUUAUCUUGGAUGAAUAUAUGCUUCACAGUGCAGUACAAAGAAAGUCCAAGGCAUUGGUAGAAGCUCUAUUGAGAUAUGUGCCUAAUAAAACUUCUGAGAAAACAUAUCCGGAUCAAUUAUUGUUCAGACCUGACAUGCUUGGUCCCUCUGGUAUAACUCCACUGCAUAUUGUUGCCUCCAAUGCUGAUGCUGAGACUAUCUUGGAUGCACUUACAAAUGAUCCUGGACAGGCGGGAAUCAAGGCAUGGAAGAAUGUCCGGGAUGACAGUGGAUUCACUCCAGAAGACUAUGCUAUUUCACGUGGCCAUCAUACCUACCUGAGUUUGGUUCAGAAGAAAAUCGAUAAGCAGCACAUGCUGAAUCAGGUCGUCCUAAACAUUUCUGGGGAUGCUUCCUAUAAGCUAGUAAACACAUUCAAGUCCAGUAGUUCAAGUGGUUAUGAGAUGAGGACCACCUGGUCGAAUGCAAAGCAACCACCUUAUUGCAACAGGUGCAGCCAACGGUUGGUUUACCAGAACUCUAUGGCUAGGACAAUGCUGCACAGACCCUUAAUGCUUUCCCUGGUUGGUAUCGCGGCAGUCUGUGUCUGUGUUGGCCUGCUGUUUAAGUCCCCGCCAGAGGUCUUCUAUGUGUCCCCAUCAUUUAGGUGGGAAUUGUUGGACUAUGGAUACAUUUGAAGUGGUAUCACUUAUGAAGAUUUAGGUUUUUUCCUUAUUAAGACCAGGAUUUUAAGGACCGGAAGAGUGAAAUACAUGUUAUACGUAGGUAUAAUGGUAUUUCACUGUCAGAAACAGAAUUUCCUCAAGAUUGGUUAACAAAUGCUCUUCAGGUAAAAAUUCUAUUUCUUUUCCCGUCAAAACUUUGGCAAAGAUCUAAAUUAUGAUCUCAUCAUGGAGAUCUCAUCAUGUAUCCUGUAAUAAUUUAUGCUAUCUAUACUGAUAAAUUGGUUAAUUUUUUUUUA